AUGUCACACAGUGAGCAAAGUGAAGGGAUGUAUGUUACUGAUGUUGUGGUUCCUUUACUUCAAGCUAGUCUGGAAAAUCAUUCACAUGGUAGUACUUGUUUGAGCAUAUCAGAAUGCCAGAGUAUAGUGAACAAGACUAGAAGAAAUUUUGGGGCAAGUGAAACAUGGAUUGGAAAGGAGCCUGACAUCAUGGGUAGCAUGAAGUUAUGGAGGGAGGUAUUAGAUGGGGCAAGUUUUGUCAGUGAGUUAUGUAGACUAACCAACAACCAGUUUGGAAUUGUAGGUAUUCAAGUUGCUAGCAAGGAAAUAUACUUAAAUGUUCUUAUAAAUGAUGCAAGUG